GGCCUAUACUCCCAUCGCAUUGUUGAAGCAUGAGGACAACAAAUGGACUCACGAUAGUGAUGCCGAAGGCUACAAAACGCUAGGAAGACUCUUGCGUAGGUUGGCUGCGAAGGCCGUUAUUGUCGUAGUAGAGUUGCCAUAGACUGGACCGUCUCACAAUUCAUCAACGCAUCAUUGUUGUGAAUUCUUUCAUAUUCACCGACUCAUUCCUUUCAGUCAAGCAUAAUGUCGCCAGAAAUGACUACAGAGGUGGGAAAAUUGGAUGCAGCCCCCUCCACACACUUGCAGCUUUUCUCCUUGUCCGGACGGACUAUUGUGAUUACAGGCGGAGGACGAGGUCUUGGUCUGACAUUGGCCUCGGCCGUUAUUGACGCCGGUGGUCACGUGGCAUGCCUCGAUAUCGCACCCGAACCAGUCGCAGACGAAUGGACCAAGUUGUUGAGGGCCGCGAAAUCUGAAAACCUCACAGCGACAUACCACCGAUGCGACGUAACGAGUGAAACUGAACUCAAGGCAGUGCUCGACUCGAUAGCGAAGACGGCAGCCGAAAAUCAUGCUGAGCUGUCGGGGGUAGUGGCCUGCGCCGGCAUCCAGCAAGAGGUACCAGCGCUAGAGUACCCUGCCGCCGACUUCGAUCGCAUAUUGAGGGUGAAUGUGACAGGGGUCUUCCUCACUGCGAAGCACACAGCGAACAUCAUGGUAGAAAGAGGAGUCAAGGGAAGUAUCGUGCUCAUUGGGAGCAUGAGUGGGCAAAUCGCCAACAGAGGUCUUACCUGUUCGGCGUACAACACUAGCAAGGCAGCAGUGCAGCAAAUGUGCCGCUCGUUGGCGCAGGAAUGGGGGCAGUACGGCAUCAGGAUCAACACCCUGUCACCAGGAUACAUCAGAACCGCCAUGACCGACGAAUUGCUAGCAGCUAAGCCAGGGGUAGAGAAGAUAUGGAUGGCAGGUGCCUUGCUGCAGCGGCUUGGCGUGCCCGACGACUUCAAGGCUCCGGCGAUAUUCCUGCUCGCAGAUGGAAGCAAAUUUAUGACGGGGGCUGACUUGCGGGUUGAUGGUGGGCACUGCGCUUCAGCGUAGAAGCUGUCGUAGAACAACGUAUUCGUGUGUAAAUCAAUGAUAGAAUGACUUGAACCGUAGAGCAAUCGAAACAAACUGGACUGACUGACUGUGGUCAACUAGCAUUCUUGGCUUUCAUAAUUUAACGACGCGGCCCGCCCUGGCGGUUCAAGAUUGGCGGAAAUAGCCGUACUGGAGACACAACCCAAAAAGCGCAGAAAAGAGAAGAGGUUUUUCUCGACCAGGUACAAGAACGCUCUGACCAGGUACAAAACCUAAGGUCUUGGCAAAAGUUCAGCAG